UUCCCCUUUAAUCUCUCCCUCCUUGGUCCCUUUAAGAGCCAAGCGUCCUUGACACGUGUCCUCUUUGCACGUGAGAAGGCGCUUCCUCCUGGCUUUCAGUUCUAGAGGAGAUGGAGGCCUUGAAGGGGCUUUGGAGGAGGAGUCCCUGGCCGGGUCCAGUGGCCACUUUGCUGGCCUUUGGCUUGGGGCUCCGUCUGGGGAGGAAAGCGGAGGCUGCGUCGGAGGAGAGCCCUCCUUCCCCUCCGGUGUCCCUGGAAGGGCAGCUGGCCAAGUACGGCCUCCCCGGCGUGGCCCAGCUCCGGAGCCGCCAGUGCUACGCCUUGGCCUACGACCCCCGGCUGCGCGGGGCCUGGUGGGUGCUGGAGAGGCUGGAGCCGGAGUCCCUGCAGGGCCAGGCCCAGCGCUCCCGAUGCGAGUUCCGCCCGGACCCCUCCCUCCACCGCUUCCACAGAGCCACCAGCCGGGACUUCCAGGGCAGCGGCUUCGACAGGGGGCACCUGGCCGCAGCAGCCAACCACCGGAGGAGCCAAGAGGGCAUGGAGGAGACCUUCCUCCUCAGCAACGUCGCCCCCCAGAAUCCUCACCUGAAUCAAAAUGCCUGGAACAACCUGGAGAAAUAUUGCCGGAGUUUAACUAAAUAUAACAAGAACGUGUAUGUCUGCACAGGGCCACUUUUCCUACCCAGGAUGGAGGCGGAUGGUAAAAUGUAUGUGAAAUACCAGGUGAUUGGGGAAAACCAUGUGGCUGUGCCCACUCAUUUCUUCAAAGUGCUCAUUCUGGAGAAGCCAGCCGGGGAAAUCGAGCUCCGCUCCUAUGUCAUGCCCAAUGCUCCUGUGGAUGAGAAGAUCCCCCUUGAGCGCUUCUUGGUCCCCAUUGAGAGCAUUGAGCGGGCAUCCGGCCUCCUCUUUGUCUCCAACAUCCUGAAAAGGACCAAUAACUUGAAAGCCAUUACUGCUGGAAACCAGAGUUGAGGAUGAAUUCUUGAUCUCAGCAGUGGAGAACUCAUGGACACCAGAGCUGUAGUGGAACCAGGGCUCAUGGGGAUGGACCACCAGCACUUUCUGUUUAGCAGGGACAACAAUGCCACCCCAAUUCUACAUUGCCCUGAGUCUAUGAGCCACCAUUCUAAAUUGACUGGUAGGCAAUCGCACACAUUUCCCAUUACCCCCUCCCAGCAAACACAAUUGGGUAGGGAAGAUUGGGGCUCCAGCAAACUCUUGGGUAUCAAUCAUCUGGUCUUUCAAAUGCAGGAUGGCAACUCAUCCCACAUUGACCACAUAGGGAAGACUUCUGGGAGUCAGUCUAACAAAAUGUCAAGGGCUAUACAACCCCACCUCCAGGUUGUAGUUCUCCUGUAUGUGUACAGAAGCAGCUACAGCAAGAUCCUACGAAUACAUCACUCGGUGUCCCUCCAGUUGCUAAAUUAUUUAUUAAAUUAAGGUUCAUUGAAUCAGCA